CUUUUUUUAAUAUGAAUUUUCAAUGAACUGAUUUGUAAAACCAUCAGUAGGCUUUCAAAAAGCAUUACCAUUUUUCAAAAACAUAUUUUAGUUUACAUAUACCCCAAGAAUCACAUUCUCCAAAAACAUUUGCUUGUUUUUGCAAGUCCAGACAUGAAGAAACAUGUUAAUACCGUGAAGGAGAGGAAGGACCAAGUGUUCAACCGUGAAUGUGAACCGGAAGUCAAAGAGUGGGAAGAUUCGGAGGAAGGGGAGGAGGAGGAGCAGAUCAAGGAGCAACCGGAGAUCCUGGAGGAGAUUCCCUGGGUGGAAUUGAAGCGGGAGAUGGGCUCGAUGAACCGCACCCUGGACGAGAUGCAGGCCCACCUGGCCAUCGAUCCCUACGAGGGGUCCUUUAAGGAGGACGAGGUGAGGGAGGUGGGCCUGGAACCGGAGGACUCCCGCUGGAUGGUAAUGAAUGGGAGCAGGGAUCCAAGUGUCAGGGAUUUGCAGUUGAACAACCUACGCAUUCGCCGCCAACUGGACGCCCUCAUCCGCUGCUCGGAGCUGGGAGAUGGACGCAUCUUGGCCCUGGAUCGGUUAUAUUCAAGGCAACAAAAGGAUCUGGUCACUUGUCGCCAGCAGCACGAUCGCGUCCUCUCCUUCCACCUGACCAAGCAGCUGGAGGCGGGCAAGUGCCUCCAGCGGUAUCGAUAUGCUCGGGAUUUGUAUGCCAGCUGGCGGGAGCUCUUUAAGAUGGGUCGCCACUUGAAGGAGGCCUAUAAGAAGACCUUGGAACGCACUCAGUCACGGCUGGAGUAUGUGGAGUUCAAGAAGCGGGCUCUGGAGGAGAUCACAGUGGCCCACGAGCAGUGUUUGGGUUCCACGCGACAUUUGCUGAGCCGGGUGAGGGAAGUGGAGCUCGGCCUGGCCCCAUUGGGUUUCACCCGGGCCCAAUCGGUGGCCUCCCGCCAUCAGGGCAGCCAGGGAUCCGCGGCCCAGGGAGCAGGAAACGAGAGCCAUCGGCUGGAGGAGCACGGACAUCCCGUCAUCGUGUCGGAAAAUCACUGGCAACGCCGAUCCUUCCGCACUGUGCGAUUCGCCCGCGGUGAGCUGCUCCGGCUUCCGGUCUUCGUUCCGCCCGUGGAGAUGACCUGGUACGGAAAAAUGAGGCACAUGCUUCACAACCCACCGAAACCCAGAUAGUAUCCACGGAUCACUACGAAAUCCUAUGUUUUCUGCUGCGAAAGGGGGCCUUAAAACCAUUUAUUUUGGGCACUGAAAAGUAUGCAAUAUAAUAUUACCCAAAUUGUU